AAGCGUCGGAAAUGGUCGGAAACGGUCGGAAACGUCAGUAUUGUAUUGAAGGAGGUGAUAGUAAUUAGUAAGUUAGAUUGGAUUUUCAUCGACUCGUAAUUUAUGAAUGUGAGCUGUGAUUCUUUGUAGAAUAACUACACAACAAUGGCAGAAUCUCCUCCAGAUGAUGUCAGUACUAAAGAGACAAAUCCAGGACUGCAGUCGUCAGUCAGUAUUGAAACAUGCCCUGGCAUGGAAGAAACAGAUGACCGUGGAAAUGAAGGAGAGAAAACUAAAGAGAUCAUCAUAGUUGAUCCAGACACUGAGGAACUAGACAUGAACCACCAGAAGAUAGGGCGGCUGGAAAAUUUGGAACCACUCACCAAGGUGGAGCGCCUGUACUUUCGCUGGAACCUGAUCAAAAAGAUAGAGAAUCUAGAAUCACUGGUGACAUUGAAAGAACUGGAGCUGUAUGAUAACCAGAUCACCACCCUAGAAAACUUGGACAGCCUUGUGAAUCUUGAAAUUCUGGAUGUGUCAUUCAACCGUCUGCGUGAGAUCAAGGGGCUGGACCAACUACACAAGUUGAAGAAGCUCUUUCUCUGUGCGAACAAGAUCUCGCAUAUUCAGAAUCUGUGCCAUCUUAAGGACCUGACGCUGCUGGAGCUGGGUGAUAAUAAGAUACGGGUUAUUGAGAACUUGGAAGGACUUGAGAACUUGAAAUGCCUAUACCUUGGGAAAAACAAGAUCACAAAAAUUGAAAACCUGGAUUCACUGAAGAUGCUAGAGAUGCUCAGUCUUCAGAGUAAUCGCCUGACAAAAAUUGAGAACUUGGACAGCCUGACACUGCUUGACCAAUUGUACCUGUCUGAAAAUGGACUCACAAAGAUAGAGGGCCUGGAGAGAAAUGUGGAGAUAUCGACCCUUGAUCUGGCCAGCAACAAGAUCCGAGUUAUUGAGAAUAUUGAACACCUCAGCAAACUGGAGGAGUUUUGGCUUAAUGAUAACUUGGUGGGUGACUGGACAAGUGUACAGAAUCUCACCAGCAAUAAGAAGCUAGUCACUGUCUACUUGGAGCACAACCCAGUAGCCAGCGACCCCAGCUAUCGACGCAAGCUCAAGAUCAUGUUACCCUGGCUGUCCCAGAUUGACGCGACACUGUGCAGGUGAACAUUGCGCCAUUCUUAGAGCAAUUGCAGUGCACGCUACACCAAUCCAACCUUAUGGCUAAUGCAGGGAUAUCGCAGAUUGACAGUGUUGUUGGUGCAGAAGAAGAAGAAGAUGUGUGCUGCCUCUUUUCUGAGGACCAGUUGUAAUGUCUAGCUGACUUCACAUGUCUUAUAAUAAUUAAUUGUGUGCACAGUUAUUUCAAAAAAGUAAAUGCUCUUUAAUCUUAGAAAUGUGUGUGGUUUCUUUACCAGGCAGAUGACUCUGCAGCAGAGCUCACUGGGCACAGUGACCAGGAUAUUUGUAGCUUUUGGCCUACAUUUCACAGAGAUAAAUACAGAUCAACAUUUAGGGGGAAGGAACCAUUUAGAGGUAGAAUUUGUAUUAACACGAAGCUUGCUUGAACGCUGUCUGAUGUUUUAGACCUGAGCAUUGGGUUGAGUGGAGUAAGUGUGGCAAGAGAAGACAGUGCAUAAUAAGGAGCAGGAAGACACACUGAAAAUGAAAGAUUGUGAUUCGCUCACAGCUCACACAUCUUUCCCUGACACUGGACUUGAAUUCAGUUGAAACUUAUCAUCUGUAAGAUGUAGGACUGCACUUUUGUGUCUUAUUAAUGAGCAAAGGGUCUAUAUGUAACAGUAGUUAUGCAGAAUAACAUCCUGGUUAUCAUAAGCCAAUUUCUUAAAACAUUCUUAUCCCCUGGACUCAGAAAAUUGAAAUUUAUGAAGAACACGAUGGACUCACAUCAUCCUCUGAAAGCACAAGAGUGGCCCACAAAAUUAACAUCAACCUAGAUGCAUUUCAUGAGACAGACAGUUGGCCUGAUUGGCCUUCUACUUUUGAAGUGAACAACACUAUAAUAAUUGUCAUCAGUAAUUAAUUUUAGGCAACACUGCAGAAGGAACUGAAAAAAAAAAAAAGCAUCAUGGAAAGUGGGGUACAGGGACCGU